AUGCAGGGAAACGGUGUCGACGCGCCGCCGGCGCCGUCUUCCUCGUCAGCAGACCCAGGUUUGCGGCGUCCGUUGUUUCCCGCCUCUCCCCUCUCGUCUUCUCUCGGGACGCCUUGCUUCCCGCUGUCUUCCUCUCUCCCCUCGGGUCCGUGUGCGCCGCCUCCCCCUCAGCCUGCGGGCCCCGGCGCCUGGCCAGGCAUCCCCUUUUCUUUUCUUCCGUUGGCACCUUCGCCGCCCUCUGCGCCGAUGAGCGGACACCGCGCCUCUUCGCCACUUCAGCCUCUGUGGUCUGAUGGCCCGGACGGCUGUCCGCGCGGGCUUGUGUCCUCUUCUCUUCCCUGUUCCUCGCCCAUCUACUUUCCUCCGCCUCUCAUUUGCCCGCCCUCCGUCGCUCCUCUCCUCGGCGCCAACCCUCCAAGACAGCUGUCUCCCCUGAUUCCUCCGGAGGCUCGAGGCGGCGACGCUCUCGGCGCAGGCGAGCGGAGCCGAGAGGAAGAAACGCCAGCGGCAGGCAGUGCCCGCGCUGAAGCACGUCGACCGCCAGACGCCGACCCGGCGGCAGUGGUGCAGUCGGCUGACGGCCCGUCGCAGGGCGGAGGCAGACAGCGGCCCGAGGACGGCGCCGCAAGUCCACCCGAGGGGCCCCAGCAAAGCGGCGAUGCUGCUCCCACUUCAAAAGACACGAUCCGGUUUGUGCCGUUGGAUCAAGUUUUCCCGAGUCCAGAGGACCAGGCGUCGUACGCGGCGGCAAUGGCCAGCGUGUACGCCGGACAGCUCGAUGUAUGGUACUGGUACAGUCGCCAGCUGUCCAUGCAGUUGGAUCUCUUGCGGUUCUCUUCGGCAGCCUCUUCUGCCCAGCCCCUCAGCUUUCUCGCGGGGAUGUCGCCCGACGGGAACGAUGUGCUGUUGAGUCCGAAUGGCCUUCUCGCCGACGGUUUCGCCUCGACUCUGUCGUCGCCGCUCGCCUCCCACGGGGGCCCUCUGCGGCCCGAGGAGACACCUGUCCCGCCCCCCAGCCCCAUCGACGCCAACACUGGGAGCCGCUUGGGCGGCGUCGGCGCCGUCUUCCGUCUCUGUGGCCUCGAGUUCUGUUUCGGGCGCAACCCUGGAGCCCAAGGCGCCGGCGCGAACCCGCUAGGGCUCCACAACCCUCCGGACACGCUCGGCUACACGGGCGGCGACAACUUUCGCAGCGCUGCUUCAGCCGCCAGUGGACAGGAAGGACAUGCGUCAGGCGCUGGAGCGCCGACCGCAUCUUCUGGCCCACCCAGUCGCCGUACAGGAACGGAAGGCGAGGCAGAACAAGAAGCGCAAGGCGAAGCGGGCGGGCGCGUCAAUGCGUGGGAUCAGUACAACAUCGGCGUGUUUGUGAAGUUGCUACUGCUGCUCUUUCUUUUCGACGCCGGAAGAGAGGUGUAUAUCGUGACGCUUCUUUUUCUUCUCAUGCACGUCAACGGCUUCUUUGACCCUCUCAUCUUGUGGAUGCGACAAAACAGUCACACGCAGCCACUCGAAGUGACCCUCGCGCGGCUACGCCACCGCCGAGAGCGGCGGCCGCUGCAGGAGCUGCAGCGGCAGCAACGCGAGCUACGGACUUCGACGGACUUGCGCCGCCAAGAAAGAGGCAGUGCUUCUGCCGAUGAACCCGGGAGCUCUGAAGUUCAGUCCGCGACUUCUGGUUCUGUCGCAUCCGAGGAUUCCUCUUCGUCGGUCUCGUCUGCUCCUGCCACAUCGGAGGCAGAUGUGAGGACUCCGGACCUCCGGCGUCGCGUGGCGUCGAGCGAGGUCGAGAGCGACAGGGAGGAGAGAAGAGAGAGAAGCGAAAGGCAGGAGAGAAGAGAGAGAAGCGACGGGCAAGAGAGAGGGGGGGUUGAACAAGAGGACGGCAGAGAGAGAGAAGUCUUUUGCCGGCCGACGUAUCUCCAGCGCGUGCUCUAUCAAGGCGUCGUCAUGUUCUUCCUCACUUUCCUUCCUUGGUGGAAUCCUGACCCGGUGUAUCUGGUCCAAGACGACGAAGACGAAGUAGGCUGGCCCGUUGAUCAGGCGCAAGGGGCUGAAGACGACGCGUUCUUUGCAGAGCGCAUGGACGAUGAGUGA